UUUUAAACCAAUUAAUUUCUAAAUUCUGUUUUUUGAUAUUUUUUAUUCAAUUUAUUUUAAUUAAUAGGGAGUACCCAGGUACUGCAUUUUUAUUUAUUUUAAAGCAAUUAUUGUGUUAAUGCACCUGUCGAAUAACAAAUAAAGAUAAUAAAUCCAAGAUAAGUUAUAAGAAGAGCAAUAAAAAUUGCGGAAUUUGGACUUUGAUUUAUUUGGGUAAAUUAAUAUUAUUCUGCAUACUUUCAAAUCAAAAUGUCCUUAUUAUGGAAAUCUUUCAAGAAACUACCCGCUCAAACCAACAUAAUUAAGGUGCCAGCCAGGUUUCUAAACCUAUUAGAGUACCAAAGUAAGAAUUUAUUACGUUCUAAUGGAGUUGCGAUACAAGAUUUUUGUAUGAUUGAUGAAAAUGGGGCCUCUGAGUUGGAUAAAUUCAAUGUAAAUGAGUACGUUAUUAAAGCCCAAAUUCUUGCUGGGGGGAGAGGGAAAGGACAUUUUGAUAAUGGGUUCAAAGGGGGAGUGCACAUUACAAAAAAUCGAGAUGACGUUCUUGGUAUUGCCAACAAAAUGUUGGGACACAAAUUGAUCACAAAGCAAACACCGAAAGAAGGAAUCCCCGUUAAAAAAAUUAUGAUUGCACAAAGUGUAAAUAUUAAACGUGAAACAUAUGUCUGUAUACUUAUGGACCGUCAAAGAAACGGUCCUGUAAUAAUAGCCUCGCCUGCUGGAGGUAUGGAUAUUGAAGGUGUUGCUGAAAAAACACCACAUUUACUCAAAAAUGUCCCAAUUGACAUAUUCCAGGGAGUGACAGACAAAAUGGCUGAUGAAUUGGCAGAUUUCCUCGAAUUCAAAGGUGAACUUAAAACAAAGGCUGCAAACGAAAUAAAAAAACUAUGGAAACUAUUUUUGGCUGUGGAUGCCACCCAAUUAGAAAUAAAUCCUUUAGUCGAGACUGAUGACCAGCAGGUUAUAUCGGUUGAUGCCAAACUGAAUUUUGACGAUAAUGCUCAAUACAGGCAAAAAGCCGUUUUUGACAUGGAUGAUACUACAGAAUCUGAUCCAAGAGAAGUUGAAGCAAGCAAAUAUAACUUGAAUUAUAUUGGUAUGACCGGAAAUAUUGGGUGUUUGGUGAAUGGUGCUGGUUUGGCGAUGGCGACUAUGGACAUAAUAAAAUUGCACGGUGGGGACCCCGCGAACUUUUUGGACGUGGGAGGUAGCGUUAAAGAGGAUCAAGUGCGCGCUGCGUUCAAAAUAAUCACCUCUGACGAGAAGGUCAAGGCUGUGUUGGUAAACGUUUUCGGGGGCAUCGUGAACUGCGCCACCAUUGCCAACGGUAUUGUUGGGGCGUUGCAAACCAUGAAACUGAAGGUUCCGUUGAUUGUCAGAUUGGAGGGCACAAAUGCCGUUGAGGCAAGGAAAAUCAUCGAUCGGUCUGGACUGCCCAUUAUUACCGCCGAGGAUUUGGAUGAUGCCGCCAAGAAAGCUGUUAAGAGCAUCUAAUUAUAAUUUUUUGUUUUUGCUAUAAAUUUUAUAACUUGAAAUAUUCUAAAUAAAAGCGUUGUA